AUGGAGGUACAGAAUUUGGAGUUUGCUCUGGUGGUUUCUGAGUUUGCUUUGCCCCAGUACUUUUUUACGCUGGUCCAUUUACUCCCCUUUGAGAGGUCAAAUGAAUUACUGAAAACCUGCUCUACGAAAAUGUUUAUGGAGUCAACAGUUUUCUGGAAUAACACCGCCUGGCAGGGGUCAGACUGUGAGAAGCAGCAGGAGUCUGCUCCAGGAGUGAGGAAGGCUCAGUCUGGGGUCCCCGCAGACCUGCAGGAGUUGGGCUCCAACUCUCAGGCACCACAGAUACUGCUGGGUACCACAGAAGAGCUGGUUCUGGGAUCCCUGGGCCGCACGGAGGCCAGGGACGUCAGGUUCUUAGUCUUGCAGACUGCAGAUGCCACUGGAUGUCAUGCAAUAGCUGAGAACAGAGUCCUUCCAGUGAAUUCUGGCCAGGAAGGUGAAUGGAAAAGGACAGGGAGGAGAGAACUCCAGCUGCUUACCAUAGGAAUAAGGAGAGUCUGCAGGAAAACUAAGACACAAGCCUUUCAUCAGUUUUUUCAGUUGGAAGCAGAUAACAAUAUGUAUGAAUUUCCAUUGUCCGAUAAGUGUCAUCCUCAACAUUAUGAAAGCAAUUCAAGAGAAUUGAAAGGUAGUGAAAAUCAGUUCCUAGAGGACCCUUCGGUCGGCGAGCAGCGCAAGGAUGUGUACAUGCAGCUCUACCUGCAGCACCUCACAGCGCGCAACCGGCAGCCGCUUGCCGCGGGAGCCAACAGCAAAGGGCCACCUGACUUCUCGAGAGACAAGGAGCGCGAGCCCACGCCAGUGCUUGGCUCCUGGGCCUCCGUGGGUCGCAGCCACGGCACCGUCGGCAGGAAAGCCACAAAGAAAACUGAUAAGCCCAGNCUAGAAGAUAAAGAUGAUCUGGAUGUGACAGAGCUCUCUAAUGAAGAACUUCUGGAUCAGCUUGUGAGAUAUGGAGUGAAUCCUGGUCCCAUUGUGGGAACAACCAGGAAGCUAUAUGAGAAAAAGCUGUUGAAGCUGAGGGAGCAGGGAACUGAAUCGAGAUCCUCUACUCCUCUUCCAACAGUCUCUUCCUCUGCAGAAAACACAAGACAGAAUGGAAGUAACGACUCUGACAGAUACAGUGACAAUGAUGAAGACUCUAAAAUAGAGCUCAAGCUUGAGAAGAGAGAACCGCUAAAGGGCAGAGCAAAGAUGCCAAUCACACUCAAGCAGAGAAGGAUUGAGCACAAUCAGGUGGCCAAUAGGUUGACUGGAAAUUUCAAGCAUGCAUCUUCUAUUCUGCCAAUCACUGAAUUCUCAGACAAAACCAGAAGAACACCAAAGAAACCACUGACAAGAGCGGAAGUGGGAGAAAAAGCAGAUGAAAGAAGAGUAGAAAGGGAUAUUCUUAAGGAAAUGUUCCCCUAUGAAGCCUCUACUCCAACAGGAAUUAGUGCUAGCUGCCGCAGACCAAUCAAAGGCACUGCAGGCCGGCCGCUCGAGCUCAGUGACUUCAGGAUGGAAGAGUCGUUCUCAUCUAAGUACGUCCCGAAGUAUGCUCCUUUGGCAGAUGUCAAGUCAGAAAAGACAAAGAAGAGACGCUCCGUCCCCAUGUGGAUAAAAGUGUUGCUGUUUGCUGUUGUGGCCGUGUUUCUCUUUUUGGUCUAUCAAGCUAUGGAAACCAACCAAGGAAAUCCCUUCACUAAUUUUCUUCAAGAUGCUAAAAUAUCCAACUGAAGAAAUCAUUUCGGCACAUUCAACCUGAUCUCCUGUUUUUAAUAACUGUAG